AAACUACAAUUUUUUUGUGAUUCACUUUUUUCUUUCUAGUCACUCAUGUUCUUAUGUUGCAUGAGGUCAAAGAAGAAAUAUUCAUUGCUUUUGAAAACCAAAUGAGGGAUCAAGAUAUUAAUACCUGUAUGAAAGCAAAAGGGCUUGUGUUGGAGACAAUUCGGAUCAUAACAAAUGGGUCAUGGGAGUCAGGCAACACCGUUAAGGUGGGCUCUACUGGAACUGAGUUGAUCCCGAGUCAGGAAUGCAACAAAUCUGGAGACACUGUGAAGCUUAAUUCAAGCGAACAUGCAGAUGAUAACGAUGGAGGAGAUAUUGUGGAGAUGAAUAAAAUAAAAAAGAAGGUUAUAACAAGCAGUCAGCACUCUGAUGGGUCUCCGGCUUUCAAAACUAAUGCUGAGGAGCAAAAAAUCUUGCUGGGCACCCAGACCGACCUUCAAGCUGAAUGUAAAAAGGAAAUGCCUGCUGUUUCAAGUAGUCAGCACUCUGUUGGGUCUUCUGUUUCAAAAAAUCAUGCCGUCAAGGGGACAAUCUUGUUACACAAGGAGACCAAUCUCGAAGCAGAAUGUAAAAAGGAAAUGGAUGUUCUAUCAUCCAGUCAACAGUCUGCUGGGUCUUUUACCUCAAAAACUGAUGCUACAACAGGAAAAAAAAUUGUUGCUUACCCAGGCCAACCAUGAAACAGAAUGUAAAAUGCAAAUACCUGUUACAGCCACAACAACUCUUCUUGAACUAAACCAAGUACAAGAAAGUAGAGCACAAAUAACUCAGUCACA